AGUUUAACAAAGAAGACCAAGAAGACAUUUCAUUAUCGUCAAUACAAAUUGUUAUUUUUGUAAAUAAAUUUAGAAAUUCCGCAUACAGUCGAUAAAUAUUUUGACUGGUGGUAGAACGCUCUCUAUAGCGAUGAUGGUGAUGGUGCAAUAGAGAAAUUGUAUUCUAAUUAAAUGGUGAUUAGUGCGAAAGAGUAAUCAACGUGCUAAGGAAUUGACAAUAAACGGGGCUAAAGAAUGAAAAAAACGAAAACCGACAAAACUCAAACCAAAUGUCAAUUAACUCGUAAACGACAGUCAUUGAGAACUAAAACCAAUACAACGCUCAACAGCGAACAAUCCGUAUCGUCAUCGAACGAACCAAAUGCUAAUGAGAACGCACAAAAUUUGUCCAACGUUGUCGAAGACGUUGCCCGAAAACCACGGAAAAAAUAUCAGUGCGAAGUGUGCCAAAAAGAAUUCGGCUACAGCAACGAUUUGCGAAAACACUUGAGAAUUCAUUUGGACGAACGACCGUUUUCUUGUACGCAAUGCGAUAAAACAUUUCGCCAGGCUGGGUGCCUUAAAAAUCAUAUUGCGUGUCAACACGGCACAGACAUUAGUUACACUUGUGAUUACUGCACAAAAUCGUUUCCUAUCAAAGAGCGCCUUAGACUCCAUUUGCGUAUACACUCCGGUUUCAAGCCGUAUCAUUGCUUUAUUUGUCUGAAAAAGUUUGCGAGGGGUGGUCAGGUUACUCAACAUAUGGUCUCACAUGCAAAUUCGAAAAAAGUUGGAUGCUCGAAGUGUCCGGCAACAUUUACAAAUACGGCAAAUUUACGAAGUCAUCUGAAGGCUCACUAUGGCAUUAAGGAUUGCUGUUGUGAAAUUUGUGGGAAGACGUUUCUACGAAUCGAUGCGCUGAAGAAGCACAUCAACAGCUACCAUAAAAAUGUCAAAUCAUUCACUUGUGGCAUUUGCAAGCGAUCGUUCAAAGGUCAUUUAACACAGCAUCUGCAAACACAUGAACAACACAAAAUCUACGCUUGUACCGUUUGCAAUGCAACAUUUGCCCAAAACUCUCAAUUGAAGGUCCAUUCAAGGGUUCAUUCAGGAGAGCGUCCGUUCCGCUGUAUGGUGUGCCUCAAGUCCUUUGGUCAUUCGAGUGUGUUGAGAUUACACGUCCGAAAACACACCGGAGAGAAGCCCUUCUCCUGCCCGAUUUGCAACGAAUCGACAUUUUCUCAACUUCCCCACCUGAAAACACACAUGCGUGCCAUUCACAACAAGCUUGAAUCGUACCUUUGCCGAACGUGUAAUACGUUUUUCCGCACAAAAAUAGAAUUACAACAACACAACGACAUGAAGCAUCGCUCAAUAGAAGAUGAAGAUCCGGAAAACAGCUACGACAGCCAUGGACAGUACCUCGAUACGACAACAACAGCUAGAGCCUUGACGCGUAUUCGGCUGCUGGUGGCAGUACUGCUGAAGAGGAUAUCAACUCCACAACGAUUGAAGCAAUUGGGAUUCGAGAAGCGGUUGAUAGACAACGUCCUUAUUUCUGCAUUGAAAACGUCAGGUCAACCGUGUUGCGAAGAUGAUCAAACGGAAACGGAGAAACUACGAGCGAAUGUGAGCCACUUUUUGAAGUGGACGGUGCCGGAAAAAUUGAUGAAAGACUACGAACGACAACGUAAAAGUGUUGAUGAGGUUCUUGAAGAGUUAGCGAUGAAAAAUUUCAAUGGGAAAUGAGUUUAGGAAAAUUGUCGAUCGUUCGUGUGAGACUGUGUAUUAAUCCAAUUAAACUGCAUUGUGCUGCCAUUUAACAUUUAAGCGUUUUAGUUUGAUAUACCAAAUAUUUUUCCAAAGUCUAGUCUUUAAGCCAUAUUAUGUAAAACGAGUUGAAGAUUAACAAUAAAAUUACAAGCAUUUCACGU